AUGAGGAGGAUGGUUCAGCCAACAGUUGAGACUCGAUCUCAGGAUUUACGUUUAGAUGACCAUGCGGAACAGAUUUUGAAGAUUAAAGCUACUAUGAAUGAGAUUCGCACAAUCCAGGAUCGUGAACGCGAAGAAGAACGUGAAUUUCAAAAGGCGAUGCUGACUUGGAUGAAGCAACAGGAUCCUGAGUUUUUCUCUGAUAUUAGCACUUUUCCAGAUUCGAUCGUGAUGUUACUAGAACCUGUGAUUGAUGAUGCUCCUAAGGAUAUGUCUUCUGGAAUUUCAGAUUUCUCAUGUACUUCUCCGGUCACCCAUGUUCCUAUGAAUGAGGGUUUUGUGUGUUUCUCCGGUGGAAAUUCCACUCUGAAUACAUCAGAAGAGGUGGAGAGUUUUCCAGGAACAGUGAAGAAUAUUGAUUACCAAGAGCAGAUUCAGAACACGAAUCUCCACUUCGAGAUUAAUGGUACUUCUCCUAACUCCCUUCGUCGUCGUCUCCAAUUAAGCGUGACAGGGUCUAUGCAACAUGGUUGGAAUUCGACAUCUCUAUUGGAUUUGGGUGACGACGGUCAUGACUGCCAUGACAUUGAUUUGGAACGGGAUUCCAAAACACCCCUGUCGUUUCUGAUACCACCAUCAUCACCGCCACCACCACCGUUGCCGCCGGGAAUUGACGUAAAGCACAGGGGAACGAUGAUGGAGUCCAAACGGAGCUCUUGGGAGAAAACGACUCCGUUUAACAACCGUUUAGAAUGGGGUUAUCUAGGUUACCCUUCCAAUGGGCUUAAAAAUGACAAUUGGGCUGCAAUUGAUUCAUGGGGCUCACAAUUGUUAAAUCGAAAGAUAGACUGGGUUUUAACGAGCAAACAAAAUAUAAGCCCACUAGUUAAUAAGGCCACUGAUCAAUGCUUUGUUAAUUGGAAUGAAAAUAACCACGUUUAUCCUAAUCAGCUGCCAUCACCUUCCCCAACGCCGGCAAUGGCUUACGUGUUUCAACAGGAUCGGAGAGUUAGAUCAUCGAGUCGCACGGAAUGGAAGGAACGAAAGAAAAAGGACCUAAGUUUUCAUGGUGGUUCUCAAGUCGGCUUGUUUCACAAAUGUCAUAAAUGCAAAGAAGGUUGUGAUCACUAUGCAUGGGAUGCUAAUCAGGCAUCAGUUGAUCAACUGUCAAAAAAGUUAAACAUUCGACUAGGUAGCUGUUCAAUUGAAGCGAAGUCAUUAGUUGCUAAGUAUGGUGACACUGGAUUGGAAUGGCUCACAUCUUUUGGAAAAGUGAUCCACAAUUGGGAUAUGUCUUGGAUGCAAUUUGUUUAUAACGAUGUCACAGUUCAUCUUCAAGGGUUGGGCACGCCUCAAUGUUCUUUAGCUUCAUGCCAUAGUGUGUUUUCAUUAAGAGAUAAGUCUUCCCUAGAUGGUCCUUCAUUAUGUGAUUUGCUAUUUUUUGUCUGGGAAGUGAAUUGUCAUCAUAUACAAAAGUUACACUCAUGGUUUAAGUCGAUUAUUGGAGCUGGAUUAUGGUUUAGUUUUAUUUUCAAUCAGGGCAUUGGGAUGUCUUCCGUUGAGAAUGUGUGUGGUCAGACACCCCCACCAAUGGGGAUGCAAGACGUACCAGGUAGGGUGAGGGUUGAAGAGGUAAUCAAAGAAGGGCACGAAUGGGAUGAUUUCUGGAAAAGGUCCAAUGUGCAUCCUGGCUCAAGUUUUUUACCUCCCGAUUUGAAAACUAAGGCUGCUUAUGAGGUUAUUCCUAUGUUUUUCUUGGUUACUUGUACCAUUGAGAAUCGGCUGGACCAAGUACACAAGUGGUUAAUCCAUUGGAAGGGUCAACCGGAUGGAGAAGCUACUAGAGAGGUCGAGUUGAAUUUGAAUAUUAUGAGUCAAUUUCCAGAAGCAAGUCUUGAGGACAAGACUUGUUUUGAAGGCGUGAGUAAUGAUACAAAUACUAAUAUGGUAAUUAAAAGGGCAAAUGAACCAAAGUUGCUACAUGCAUAA